AUGACCACCGGCAAGAGCAGCAGCGAAUGGAUUGACAUCGAGAAAAAGUACUACGCGCAGACGGUCCGCCGUCAGCCCGUGGUAAUCGUACGGGGCGAAGGAGCCCGGGUCUGGGACGCCGACGGUAAGGAAUAUUUGGACUUCGUGGCCGGCUGGGCAGUCAACCAGCUUGGCCACAGCCAUCCGGCCAUUACCCAGGCCAUAGCCGAGCAGGCCGGUACGCUUCUGCAGACGUCCAACCAGUUCUACACUGUGCCGCAGCUGCAGCUUGCCGAGAUGCUGGUUGAGAAUAGCUGCCUGGACCUGGUCUUCUUCGGCAACAGUGGCGCCGAGGCCGUAGAGGGGGCAAUGAAGCUGGCCCGGCGCUACGGAAAGCUGCAUCGCGACGGCGCCUACGAAAUUAUCACGGCCUUCAACUCUUUCCAUGGGCGCACCCAGGCCACCGUCGCCGCCACCGGGCAACCCCACUACCAGGAAAACUUCGCUCCCCUGCUGCCGGGCUUUGUCCAUGUGGACUACAAUGAUGUGGAAGGGGUGAUGAAUGCCACAUCAGACCGCACCGCCGCCGUCAUGGUGGAACCGGUACAGGGUGAGGCGGGCGUCAUCAUUCCAGACGACGACUACCUGCAGCGUCUGCGGCAGUGGUGCGACAGCCAGGGGAUUUUGCUGAUUUUGGACGAGGUGCAGACAGGAAUGGGGCGGCUGGGCAGCCUGUUCGGUUACCAGGAGUACGAGGUGGAGCCGGACGUUAUGACCCUGGCCAAAGGACUGGGUUACGGAGUGCCCAUUGGCGCCUUCUUGUCCAAGGCCCAUUGUCAGGCGCUGGUGCCCGGCGACCACGGUUCCACUUUCGGAGGCAACGCUUUAACCACGGCUGCGGGCUAUGCCGGCACCAAGUUCCUUAUCGAGAACGACAUUCCCGGCCACGUAAAGCAGAUGGAACCUUACCUGCUGGGAAGGCUGAACGAUGUCAAGGAUCGAUUCUCCUUCGUUACCGAGGUGCGCGGCAAGGGAUUGCUGGCUGCUAUGGACUUCGACGACGCCAUCUCCGGGCAGGUCUUGGCCAAUUGUAACGAGGCUGGUUUGCUGCUCAACGGUCCACGCCCCAACACCAUCCGCUUCAUGCCGCCCCUGAACACCACCCCCGCGGAAAUCGACGAGGCAGUGGGCAGGCUGGAAGAAGCCCUGGCGAAGAUUUAG